CGAUGGAAGCUCACAAGCGCCACGCACAAUUCCUAUAGGCCAUCAUAUCUGCACUAGUGCGUAGUAGCCAUCAUCAUCAGGUUGGAGACGGACGAUGGCGCCUCAGGAUUCUUUGGUGUUCAAGGUGCGGAGAUGCGAGGCCGAGCUGGUCCGUCCGGCGAGGCCGACGCCCCGCGAGCACAAGAGGCUGUCGGACGUCGACGACCAGGAGGGCCUCCGGUUCCAGAUCCCUGCUAUCCAUUUUUACCCGGGCGACGGGUCCGGGCGGGACCCGGCGCGUGCCAUCCGAGAGGGGCUCGCCAGGGCGCUGGUGUUCUACUACCCCUUCGCGGGCCGCCUGAGGGAGCUCCCCGGUAGCCGGAAGCUGGUGGUGGACUGCAACGAGGAAGGGGUGUUGUUCGUGGAGGCUGACGCGGACGUCACCCUCGACCAGUUCGGGGACGCCCUCCAGCCUCCCUUCCCUUGCCUGGAGGAGCUCAUCUUCGACGUCCCCGGCUCCUCCGCCGUCCUCGACGCCCCUGUCUUGCUCAUUCAGGUGACUCGUCUCAAGUGCGGGGGCUUCAUCUUUGCUGUGCGCCUCAACCACGCGAUGAGCGACGCUGCGGGGCUGGUCCAGUUCAUGACGGCGGUGGGGGAGAUGGCGAAGGGCGCCGACGCCCCUUCGGUCCUCCCUGUGUGGCAACGGGAGCUGCUGGACGCCCGAGACCCGCCACGGAUCACGUGCACCCACCGGGAGUACGAGCAGGUGGAGGACACCAAGGGGACCCUCAUCCCGCUCGAUGACAUGGAGCACCGCUCCUUCUUCUUCGGGGCUGCCCAGAUGUCUGCACUCCGCAGCCGGGUGCCUCCCCACCAGCGCGCGAGCUCCACGUUCGAGGUCCUCACCGCGUGCCUCUGGCGAUGCCGCACCAUCGCGAUCCAGCCCGACCCCGAGGAGGAGGUGCGGGUGCUGUGCAUCGGAAACGCCCGGACCAAGUUUAACCCGCCCCUGCCGGCCGGGUACUACGGGAAUGCUUUCGCGUUCCCCGUGGCGGUGACAAGGGCAGACAAGCUGUGCCAGAACCCGCUGGGAUACGCGCUGGAGCUGGUGAAGAAGGCCAAGGCGGACGUGACGGAGGAGUACAUGAGGUCCCUGGCGGACCUGAUGGUGCUAAGGGGGAGGCCCCACUUCACGGUGGUGCGGUCCUUCCUGGUGUCGGACACGACCAAGGCCGGGUUCGGGAACGUGGACUUCGGUUGGGGGAAGCCGGUGUACGGUGGCCCGGCCAAGGGGGGAGUCGGGGCCAUCCCCGGGGUGGCCAGCUUCUACAUCCCCUUCAGGAACCGGGAGGGCGAGAAUGGCAUCGUCGUCCCGGUGUGCCUGCCGGCCCCGGCCAUGCGAAUAUUCGUGCAGGAGCUGGACGCCUUGCUGAAGGAUCCACCGCCCAGCACUAACACCAACAAGUCAACCUUUGUCAUUUCUUCCCUGUGAACUGUAUCCGCCUAGGCAAAUUUCAUUUUCAUGUGGUGUGAUGAUCUCUCGUUUUUACCUUUUCUUGUAUGGGAGUGAGAACUGGUAAUCUACAUGCUGCUCUACUAUUGAAAUGAGAACAAGGCUUUCCCGUAA